GCUGGAUCAACAGCAGCACGGAGCAAACGCAGACGGGAAGCAGUCAGGCGGGCAGCGCUUCUCAACGGGGGGUUUAAACGUAGAAAACUGACCCAAGUGUCUGCUCUGUACCGUGAAACACACCCCCUUUACCUUGAUACAGUUGCGAACAAUUAGCAUUAUUAGCUAGUCUUUGUCUCUGUCGUCAGUAUAGGGUGAGAAUAGAUAAAAAAGCGAGGAUGUUGGUCCCCGCGGGAAGAUAAUGAAGAAGCUGCGCGUGUUGUUCCUGUGCUCCGUUUUAGCUCUCCUGUGCUGGCACUCUUGUCAUGAUGUUUAUUGUUCAGAAGAGGUCUCCUCUGGCCCAGGACUCCCUGCACAGGAUGACGGCAGUUACACAAUGCAGGAACCAGGGGCUGGCGAAAAGGUCGAAGAGGAAAGGGCGACACACACACAGUCAUCGUACGACGUGGGCCUGGAAACAGAGAGAGCUGCACUAAAGGAAACAUCAUUGCACUCACAAGAAACCCCGCAUGAAGAGAAGCACAAACAGACUGUGAAUUUGGAAGAGGUGCUGGAGGAGCCACAGAUUCAGCAUGACUCUGCUCUCCCAGAGCUAGAACAACAACAACAACAAGAGCAGCACCCGGAAGGCCAGAGCUCACAACAUCCAGACCAACAAGAUUCAGCUCAACCACCAACAUUUGCACAGCCUGAAACAGCACCGCCACUUUCCCAACCUGACCCAGAAGUUCCACAGGCCACUGCCACAGAGGACCAGGCCGCACAGCCCUCCACUGAUGAAACCCCGCCACAUCCUGACCCACACGCUGAAGAAGAUGCCUCUGCACCUGCAGAUGAACUCCAGAACAGCCCAGAGUCCACCUCACCUACCUCAGUCACCUCCUCUGAGAGCCUCUCCAGUGGACUAGACGUCCCACGUCCUGAUGCCGCUGUAGAGAACUCUAGUGCCAGUCAGUGUGAGGUGGGCUCUGUGCCCCCAUUCAGCCAACAGCUUGGCACAACGCUCACCAGUGUUGUGGAGGAACAAGUGGAGACCCAAGCAGAGAACCAGUCCACCGUGUUGGAACAGAGUACGGAGACCAGUACUGAUCCGGCUGACUCCCUGGACCCAAGUGAGCUGGACCUCACAGAGACAGGGCAGACAGACCGUAUUCCUCCACCUACGGAAAGCCAGCAGGUGGCGGAUCAUGAAGGAGCGACAGACCCUCCUGUACCCAGUAAAGAAGACAUCCCUACCUUCGAUGAGUGGAAGAAGAAAGUGAUGGAAGUGGAGGAGAAGAAAAGUCAGUCUCUGCACACUUCAUCAAAUGGCAGCCCUCAUCCAGUCAAAAAGGUCCAAAAGAAUUUCAAGAAUAACUACGCUUCCGUCGAAUGCGGGGCCAAAAUUCUUUCGGCCAACAACGAGGCUAAGAGCACAUCUGCCAUCCUGAUGGAGAACAUGGAUCUGUACAUGCUGAACCCCUGCAGUACCAAGAUCUGGUUUGUUAUCGAGCUCUGUGAGCCAAUCCAGGUGAAGCAGCUGGACAUUGCAAACUUUGAGCUGUUCUCAUCCACACCAAGAGACUUCCUCGUGUCCAUAAGCGACAGGUAUCCGACUAAUAAGUGGAUCAAGCUGGGCACGUUUCACGCCCGUGAUGAACGCACAGUACAGAGCUUUCCCCUAGACGAGCAACUCUAUGCCAAAUAUGUGAAGAUGUUCAUCAGAUACAUAAAGGUUGAGCUGCUGUCUCAUUUUGGCUCUGAACACUUCUGUCCUCUCAGUCUGAUCAGGGUGUUUGGCACCAGUAUGGUGGAGGAGUAUGAUGAGAUUGCAGACUCUCAGUACACGUCAGAGAGAGCUGAAUAUCUGGAUGAAGAUUAUGAUUACCCACCCGGCUACCUGCCGUCAGAGGACAAGGCAUCAAAGAAUCUGCUGGGCUCUGCCACAAAUGCCAUCCUGAACAUGGUAAACAACAUCGCAGCAAAUGUGCUCGGAGGCAAACCGGAGCUGGAAGACGGAGCUGAACUGGAAGGAAAUGUUUCCUCUGGGACCGAAAACGUCACACAGGCAUCAACAGAAACCACACUUACGCCAGAUCCGACCCCCACUGAACAGCCCCAUACGCUGGAUGUUCUGGAGUUGGAUCCCACGUUUGUGAAGGAGGACAUGGAGGCUCCUAUACCCGAGGCUCCUUCACAAGCUCCUACAGUAGCUCCUGCUGAGGAGAGCCGUAUUGUCAUUCUCAUCGAGGAGGAUGAAGAGUCCACUCAGCCGACGGUGACCCUGCUGGAGGAGGAGGGUGAGGAGGAGAGGAGGCUGGAGGAGCUGUGGGAGAGCGAGAGCACUACCUACUGCGGCCACCUCUCCACGCUCUCCUGCCUGGCGUCUUUACAUGAACACUUCUACUGCUACUGCUCAGCGGCGUUAGCACUGCAGCGCCAGCGUAAAGACCGCCGCCACAAAGCCCAGCACACACAAGCCCACACUAAAACUCAAACCACCUCUCAGCAGACCCUCACCGACCCUACGCCUUCCCAAGAACCUCCUGCACCCUCAGAGAAACUAUCAGAAGCAGAGCGGCCCUCGCAGACGCAGUCUGAGAGGAUUUCUCCUACUGAAACGGCAGCUGCUCCAUCUGAAUCCUCCAACUGGGAAUCUUCAUCCACAGAGCUGGAACUUCCACCUGAGACCAUCCUUUUGGAGCCCAGCCGCACCUCCACCCUCCCUCCACACAGCUUCUCUGAAACCCCCACCCAAAACAUCCCGGAGUCCCUUCCUACAGGAGAGCCUGUUGACCAGCGUCCGCAGUACCUGGUGGACAUCCCUGAAACCCACGCCCCUGGGAGUGUUUGCAGCAGCACCAGCAGUGUUCCGUCUCCCUCCGCUGUCUCCUCUACACCCCUCUCCAGCACCACUGAACCCCACAGCCUAGAGACGGACCCUCCCAAACUGGAGCUCCCAGUUCCCACCAAAGAGCAGACAGCUCAGCCGUUGCCCACUCACACCAGGCCUGCUGAAAUCCCUCCUCCUACCGAAAUUCCCAUCCUGAUUCCAGAGGCCUCCGAAAAUGGCAAGGUCUCAUUAGUUGAGGACCAACACCACAAUGCUGUGGUGUCCCAACCAGAGCUUUCUGAAGCCCCACAUGAGGACACAGUUGAUGAUAUUCUGCUCCCGCACCGCACUGCCGGAGAGUUUUAUGCAGAGCAGCAGCAGACAGCCGAAAUGGGCCACAGUAAUGGAAACGGCAAUGGUAAUCAGGUGCACGGGUCCAACCAGAAAGAAUCAGUGUUCAUGAGACUGAAUAACAGAAUCAAAGCACUGGAGAUGAACAUGUCUCUCAGCAGCAGAUACCUGGAAGAGCUUAGUCAGAGGUAUCGUAAACAGAUGGAGGAGAUGCAGCGGGCUUUCAACAAAACCAUCAUCAAGCUGCAGAACACCUCCAGAAUCGCAGAAGAGCAGGACCAGAAACAAACUGAGUCUAUACAGAUGUUGCAGAGUCAGCUGGAGAACGCCACCAGGAUCAUGCUGAAUCUGUCUGCCACAGUUGCCCAGCUGCAGCGAGAGGUGUCUGAUCGGCAGAUUUACCUGGUUCUGUCUCUGAUCCUGUGUCUGAUGCUGGGUUUGCUGCUUUGUACACAGUGCUGCAGGAGCUCCACCAAUCACAACACCAGCCCGACCAUUCCCAUGAGCAACAACUACCCCAGUCCCAAGAGGUGUUUUUCCUCAUAUGAUGAUAUGAGUCUAAAACGGAGAGUUUCUUGCCCUCUGGUUCGUUCAAAGUCAUUUCAGCUGCCUACGUCUGAAGUAGGACCCGAUGACUUGUACAUUGUAGAACCUCUAAGGUUUUCUCCAGAGAAAAAGAAGAAGCGCUGCAAGACAAAAGCAGGAGAGCGCGUGGAGACGCUCCGGGCCUCAGCGACGGCUCCUAACGGCCUGCUCAAGCUCAAUGGAGAAUCCUCACCUCCUCUUCAGUUCCUGCCGUCGACCUGCAACGGCUACACGUCCACCUGCUCGUCCAGAGACUGUGCUUCAGAGGGCAGCUCCGAGAGCUCCGUGUCCACACUGUCAGAGGAGUCGUUCGGCAGCGCCCCUUCAGUGAACGGACAUGAGCUUGUUCUAUAUAACGGAGAGCCUCCGCCAGCCUGCCCUCCAGCCAAGAGCAGGACGGAGAAGAAACGCCGCCGCUCCAGACAGGGAGAGCAGGACAGCAUGCUGAGCGCAUCGCUGCCCCUGCCCGCGCUGGAGGAGCUCAUCAAGGGCAAGACGGAGCUCGGCGUAGCCUCUUUCGGAAGGACAGCAGUCACAGGACGAGUUUGACUUUACAUCUCCUUUCCAUUUCAUCAUCAUUUUUGAGAUUUUAUUGUUCACUACACCCCGGUUCUCAGAGCUUUGGUUAUGUGCCUUUUUUUGAAUUCCUUCAGGAUCUCGUUAUUCCCUUUAAGUUUUUUUUUUUAUUGUUGCUGGGGAUUAAAUUAUGACACAACGUGAGUAUGAAUGAGACCAUGUUGUUCAUGAGCCUCAGGUCUGCUUUCGCAUUUUCACUGUCCUGUCAGGCUCUCUUCUGAGUCCUUGUUCAUGUGAGAUUGUUGACUGUGGUUGGUUUGUGGGACCAGUAAUGUCCAGUGAAUCGAGCUGAAUGAAGAACAGAUCCAGUCCUCCUCUUCAUUUCACUCUUCUGCUCAUUCAUUAUUUUCUUCUAGAGCCAAGUUACGGCCUGUUUGAAUCAUAAUGUGACCAAUGAGUCCAGGCUGGGCCUGAACACACACACACACACACGCACGCACGCAUACAUUGUGACGCACACAAAGUCUCCAGCUCUUCAAGUGUUUACAGCUUAUUUUCUCAUGUAUUUUCUCACUAGUUGAGCCGUCAUUUAAAAAACCUUCAUGCAGACAUGCAUCUUCCUUUUUUUACACACACACACUUUCACGUGGGAGUUUGUAGGGGACAUUCUGCUAUUUUUAGCGCUAAUUAUUUAUCUAUUUAUUUAUUUAAAAAAUGACCUGGGCUCUAUGAGAUCACGGUCAUGUGACAUUCGAGAUCCCUCCAACCUCCACAUUUAGAUUUAUGAUAGAUCCACACACACACACAUGGUACGGAAAACAUUAUUCUGUCGUCUCAUUUCGGUGUACUAUUUGAUUUGUUUCACCUUACUAGAUCAAAUCAGGCUGGAGGUGAAUCCAUUGCUCGUAAUGUGACCAAGGAGAUGUCGUACAUCAUUUUUUAAAGACAUCUGGUUGGCUUAGCUUUUCUGGAUCUGUUCCGACAGGCUUCGAGUGACUGGAGCUCUCGUCUUUGUGCUAAAUAUUAUGCAUGUGUCCGACAAAAGCAACCUGUCCUCUAUCACUGUGUGUCUCUCCUCACACACUCCAUGUCCCUCUUAACACACUUUAUAUGUACAUGUAUGUGUUGUUGCUGCUUUCGUAGUUGUUUUUAAUGCACCAUUUUGACACCCCAGUGGAGUUUCUCUGAGAUUGUAAGUGUUUCCUUCAUGCAGGCGAAUCACAAUAUCAGUAAAAGGGAAAGAUUGCGAUGGUGGACCAUCUGUGUGUGAUUUCCAGCACACUUGUUCCAGCUUACUACAUUUGUUUUUCUGAAUGGCAGAUAUAUGUGUGUGGGACUUGUGCUCAUGUAUGGAUGGUUUUCUGUAUGUUGUUGAAUGAAUUGGAGAUGAAUCUUUCCAGGAUGAGAGCGUGUCUCUGCUGUGCACUUUGGAAAACUCCACUAGCCUUUGUGUUUUUCUACACCACACCUUGUACAAGUGCUUUUCUCCACGGGCUUUCCUCAGUAUGGCGCCCUCUGGCGGCUGACACCAGACUUAUUUAAAUGUCCAAGAGGCGCGAAAAUAAAGACUCACAUUCUGUGGGGACGAACUGCACAGUAUUUGAUUUGAUUUUUCCAGUUGUAACUACAGCGGCGUAGUGCCAUUAGAAACUGUGAAUUUAUAAAUAAAACACUUUGUUGUCUUUA